AGCCAUAAUUUCACUGUGCAUGAACAAUGACAAAAGAUUGCUAUUCUAUUCUAUACACUGCUAAAGAACAGAUCCAGUUUCAGUGGUAGCAUAGCUGCACAAACCACAUAUUCAAUAGGUUACUUCCUCUGAUUCUAAAAAAAAAAAAGUAUAACUGAAACCUUUGAGGCUUUCACAUUUCACAUGUCCUGUACUGCAGACCUCUCAUAAAUGAUCCACGUCCUUUCAUGCAAUGGAGGAAAUUUAUGUCAAUACUAAAUAUCUCAAAAGUGACAACCCAACAUAUUCAAGAAAUCGCACAGGUAAGAAAGAAGUGGCAGAAAUUGGAAAAAGCAGAGGUGUUUUAACUGUUGCACAUUGUAUUAGGUUCCCUAUUUUGUUUAUUUUUCCUUUCUUUUCAGGUCAAAGGAGCUCUAAGAGCAGUUCGUAUUUGGUUAUUAUUCUGGCUCUGAGUCUGCUGAGUGUUUUCCUGCUGGCUGGACUUAUUACUCUUGGUUUCCUCUUGAGUCACAGGCUUUCUUCCAUGACUGAGGACAGAGACCUGCUUCAAGCCAAUCUCACUGAAAAGACCAAAGAAUUUGAGGGACUGCAUUUUUUGUUCAACCAAAAUAAAAAAUGUCCUGCGGGAUGGACCAGGUUCAACCAUAGCUGCUAUCUCCUGUCUGAAAGCUCUGCUUCCUGGGAUGCAGCCAGAAAGGACUGCAGAGACAGAGGAACAGAUCUGGUGGUUAUUGACAGCCCUGAAGAGCAGACGUUCCUCUCUGCAGUCACCAAUGAACACACUUGGAUUGGUUUGAAUGACAAAGAACAGGAGGGAACAUGGAGAUGGGUAGAUGGAACUCCACUAAAUCUGAUGUACUGGGCAGAAGCUCAACCUGACGAUGGUGGUGGAAAAGAGGACUGUGUUCAUGUCAGAAACGAUAAGAAAAAGUCCUGGAAUGAUCUUUCUUGUUCAGCUUCUCUGAAGUGGAUAUGUGAAAAAACACCAAACCACUGUACAGUUUCUUAAAGAUGAUCUGUUCAUAAAUGUUUUUGUGUUUAAGCUGUGAUUAUAAAUGUAUCAGUCUGUUGUAUUCUGUAAUGAUGAGGUAUUUUGUUGUAGCUGAUGUGCUAAUGUGCAUUUUUCCUUUUACUUCAGUGGAGACUGUCAGAGGGAUAUCAUUAUACAAAACAAGCAGAGCUGUUUAUUUUUGUAUUUUUAUUCCAGCUUUGCAGUUCUGAGUUUUGUAUUUGUUAAAAUGAUUCCUGUUUUGAUUUCAUUGUUAACUCAGUAAAUUAUUUUAUUUUGACGCUAUUAUUGAGUCUUUGAAUAUUUUUUUUUACUUUAUUCUUUCAGUUGUGUCACAUUUGUUUCAAAUAUUAAUUUUUAUUAGGUAGUUUGAGAGGUAGUUUUAUUUCCUGCAGUUUUUCUCUGUUCCUUUCUCCAUUUGAUUUCUGUGUUAUUGAGUGUUUAUAUUCAUGCCUGUGUUACUUCUCGUUUGCAUGUUUCCUCUUUUCCAUUUGCGUCCUGUAUUAGUUUUACUUCUUGAUUCUGUUUUCACCUGAUUUUAAGACUGUUCACAUCUGUGUUACUUUCACCAGUGUCUCCUGUUUCUCCUGUUUGUCACUCCCCAGAUCAGCCAUCACUGCAUACAUAGUUCUGGCAGUCUUGGUUGAAUAGUCCAAAAAGUUAACUCAUGCCUGCUUUUUAAAAAAUUAUUGUUCCUUGACAUUAGUGGAAAAUGUCAUGUGGUCAAGGAAAGAUGCGAGGGAGUAUGUGUCACAUAUAGAUAUCUUAUAUCUGGGCCUUCAGUUGAUCAAUCUACUAUCUAAGUUUGUAGUUAAAAUAUGUGGUGGUAUGUAUAGUGGAGUGAUGAAACCAAAUUUGAUUCAGGGGAGAGCUACAACAGUUAAUGUCUACAGCUAUCUGUAAAACAUGGUGGAGGCUUUGUCAUGAAUUGGGGCUACACUUCAGCCAGUGGUGUUGGGGAAUUUGUCAACACUGAGGGAAGUGUGAACAUGGUAAAGUACCGUCAGAUUUCUGUCCACCAGGUAAUGCCAUUUGGAAAGCAUUUGACUGGCAACAAGUUAUUUUUUGACAGUGUUCCCAAA